UUAUUAUGAGAUUUAAACUUUGCUUCGACUAGACAGGAGGAUCAACAUGCGCUCACGCUCGCAGUUAUUCCACGCAGUUUCCAAACUAAUGCAGCGAUAAGAUAUCAACCGUAUCUACCAACACCCGCCUCUUUAUUAAUAUUAAUUUUUUUUCUUUCUUUUUUUUCUUUUUUUUUUUUAAAUAGUGGUUAAACGCCGGUGUCAGCUCUCGGGAUAAUAGAGGGAAGAAAAAAAAAAAAAAAAAAAAAAAAACACACAAGCAGGGUUCCGGGUCUGUUCAGCAUACAUAAAGGCGAGCAGUGAGAGCAGCUCAGUCGUGAAUUAAAUCACUCACCGCUAAAUGGAUCUUUGAGACUCCCACUUGACGCAGUCAGAUUUUUCACGUCUUCAGAAAGAGAGAGAGAGAGAACUGGAUGCUUUUUUUUCUUUUCUUUUUUUUUUUUUUGUUGAACAUUUCUUUUUUUUACCCUCGUUAUUAUCAAACACCAAAAUGAAAAUGUCUUGCGUUCGAGGGUGACAUACUGUAAGCUGCCAGCUUUGCAUCGGGAAGAGGCUCUUUCCUGCUCCGCGAUCUUCAGUCAGAUUUUAGGAAGAGGAUCGGUGAACAUCUGUGCUGCUGGAGGACGCCAGGGAUGUUCUCUCACACUGAGGACUGCAACCUAGAUUACAGAGGUUACCCCUCCAGGCAGAUGAGAGAGCUGCAGAAAGGAAGACGGUGGCAGAAACAUUAAAACUAUACCAUUCAAUAAUGAUAGCCUCUGAGGAAAAAAGCACAAGUCAACGUGAGGCGGUGAAAUCUUUUUCAAGCAUCGCAAGAUUUUCACCCCGGGAAAACCUCAAUGAAUGAAGCUGAGUAGAGGCAUAGACGAAAACCCCUUCCAUCAAUGAAGAGGAGGCAACUAAAUGGCUCGAUUCUGGCCUUGAGAACAGUUGAUCGUCCAGCUGAUCUACCAACGGAAUCGUCUCAGCUGAACUGAACCCACAGUGGUAUCACCGUCCUUUUAUUUUCUUGGCCCUGCACAUGACUCUCAGAGAAGCACCAAUGGCCUGCAGCUUAGGCAUGGUGAAGAGUGCCUUGUUUUGGUCUGUAGCCAUUGUAUAUUUGACUCACAUCGGUAGAGUCAAUGGAGACUGCUGGUUAAUCGAGGGUGAAAAGGGCUUUGUAUGGCUCGCCAUUUGUAGCCAAAACCAACCACCCUAUGAGGCCAUCCCACAGCAUAUCAACAGCACCAUAGUGGACCUUCGUCUGAAUGAAAACAAAAUAAAAAGCAUCCAUUAUUCUGCCCUUAGUCGCUUUGCCAACUUGACCUACCUGAACCUGACUAAGAAUGAAAUCUCCUACAUUGAGGACGGGGCCUUUUCUGCUCAGUUUAACCUACAAGUCCUUCAGAUGGGCUUUAACAAGUUGCGGAACCUGACGGAAGGGAUCCUCAGGGGAUUAGGAAAGCUGCAGUACCUCUACCUCCAGGCGAAUCUGAUUGAGACUGUGACACCCAAUGCCUUUUGGGAAUGCCCCAACAUUGAGAACAUCGACCUGUCCAUGAACCGAAUCCAGCAGUUAGAUGGGUCCACGUUUGCGAGUUUGACUAAACUUACCACCUGCGAGCUGUACACCAAUCCUUUCAACUGUUCAUGCGAAUUAUUUGGAUUUGUCAAGUGGCUGUCAGUUUUUCCUAACAGAACGAAUGAGCGGAUGGUCUGCGACACCCCUUCCGGCGUCUCUGGUUACAGUUUGCUCAGCCAGAAUCCCAAUGAUCCAACCUAUAAGAAUGCGCUUCACAUGCUUACCACUGUAUGUACUGACGACUACGUGACUCCGUUUAUUCCUGUGCCCACUGAGCCCACCAUGCCCCCUCCCGACGCUACACUUUGUGGGCUCGAAGAUUGUCCUUCUGGCACAGAACCAGACGACAUAACCAUCAGUACAACCGACACCGAUGUGAAAGGAGAUCCUCUCAUAAAACUCAAGCAAGUAUCAAACACAGGCGCCACAAUUACAGUUCAGAUUCCCUAUCCCUAUAAGAAGAUGUACAUCCUGGUUCUGUACAACAACAGCUUUUUCACGGAUAUUCGAAACCUGAGAGACAUAAAAGAGGAUAUCGAGCUGAAAAACCUUAAACCCCACACUAAUUACACAUAUUGUGUUGCUUCAAUACGUAAUUCCCUUCGACACAAUCACACUUGUCUGACAGUCACCACCGGCCCGUGGAAUGGAAAAGACAAACAAAUAACCAAUGCAACUGCUACCCACUACAUUAUGACAAUCUUAGGCUGCCUCUUUAGCAUGGUCAUUUUCCUGGGGGUGGUCUACUACUGCUUGCGAAGAAAACGUCAGCAAGAUGAAAAGCACAAAAAAUCUAGUAGCCUGAAGAAAAAUAUAAUGGAACUAAAAUACGGACAAGAACUCGAAGGAGGGACUAUUUCUCGAAUGUCACAGAAGCAGCUGUUGGCUGGAGAGAGCAUGUCACGUAUGCCGUAUUUACCGACGGCAGGAGAAAUGGAGCAGUACAAAUUUCAAGAGAUAAGUGAUACACCUAAGAUGAUGAAAGGAAAUUACAUGGAGGUGCGAAGCGUCGACCACCAUGAACGCAGAGAGUGCGAUAUGGGUAUGGCUGGGAAUAGCCAGGGGUCAGUGGCCGAGAUUUCCACCAUUGCGAAAGAGGUCGAUAAAGUCAAUCAGAUAAUUAACAACUGUAUAGAUGCUCUGAAGUCAGAAUCCACCUCUUUUCAGGGGGUUAAAUCUGGAGCGGUGUCCACUGCAGAGCCUCAGCUGGUACUAAUAUCAGAGCAUCCACAGAGUAAAUCCGGCCUUCUGUCCCCGGCGUAUAAGGACAGCUACCACCAUUCUCUGCAGAGGCAUCGGAGCUCAGAUGUCUCGCCAAAGAGGCCCAGCACUGCCACAGGAGGGCCGAUGCGAAGCCCAAGGCCUUAUCGCUCCGAAGCCAAGUACAUAGAGAAAACCUCCCCGACAGGAGAGACCAUCCUCACUGUAACACCUACUGCCGCCAUCCUGCGGGCUGAAGCAGAUAAGAUCCGUCAGUACAGUGACCACAGGCACUCGUACAAUGAUGCCCAGAUAGAGGAGCUUGAAGGACCUGACAGCCACAAGUCCUCCAUGUUGGAGCCUCUUACCCACUCUCGCUCCAGAGACUUAGCGUACUCUCAGCUGUCAUCUCAGUAUCACAAUCUCAGUUACUCCUCCAGUCCUGAAUACUACUGCAAACCCUCACACAGCAUUUGGGAGCGAUUCAAGCUCCACCGAAAGCGACACAAAGAUGAGGAGUACAUGGCUGCCGGCCAUGCGCUGCGUAAGAAAGUCCAGUUUGCAAAGGAUGAGGACCUGCAUGAUAUUUUAGACUACUGGAAAGGUGUAUCGGCCCAACAUAAAUCAUAACCACUUUAGGUGUUUUUAAUGGACUACACAUUGCAGAAAUGACACAAGAACCUCAUCUGAUAAUUAAAUCAUUGGAUACUUCCAUAUUAUAAUCAACUACUCGCUCACAUGUAUCACAUUCACUUUUGACUGUGAGGCAAAUGGGUAAAGAUUAUUUAAAUCAUAAAUUUGUCAUAUUAUGUAAAGCAUUCAUUGGGGAAACUUUUACCUAUUAAGGAGAAAAUAUAUUGCAAAUUAUUAAUAUAUAUGUUAUAAUGGAUUCUAGGUUUUUGGGUAUCGCAUGGCCAAGUCCUGUGACAGUGGAUUUGCUGUUGUGUAAUAUGAAACUACUAUAUGAAGAUAUGUCUAUGAAACCUCAUAUUUUUUGAAGAACUAUCCGGACCCUUUAUUCAAAAAGAACUUUUGUUCCCUUCCCUGCAUAUAUUUAAUUGAAGAAGUCUAUGUACAGAUAUGGUUUUUCUAUAUUUGCAAUGUUUGCUGUGUAAAUGGAAAAGUAUUAGUGAAUGAAUCAGGUUUAUUAAAUGGAGCGCUGUUCAUUUAGAUUAUCCUGUUGCUAAAGAACGGCAUGUCCCCGUUUAAACCUGUCUGGACAUUUGUCAUCUUUACCAUCACUGCCUGUUUUCUUUGUUUUUUUUAUUAUUCUUUUCUUUUUCUAAUAGCUUUUUCAGUACAUGCAUAUACAAUAACAAAGAGAUUGAGUUUUAGUAUCCCCUUAAUCAGUCUUUGCAGUACUCGCUGAAUAAAUUCCAAUAGAUUUCAAGGAGGUAAGAUGCCGUACACAUCAUCAGUUUCAUGUACCAUCAUUUGUAUCUUUAGUACCAAAGUAGAAAAAGCCGAAAUGUUUACAAUAUUUCUGCAUGAUCUGGGAAUUGGAUAAACAUACAGCAGUAUGUCUAUGUUUGACUUUUUUUUUCUCCUUUUUUGUAUCAGUUGCUCCGUCAAAGGUGAAAACAUUGGGAAGCUACACCCUCCACAUAACGGAUGUGGUUUUAAAGCCUACUCUUAAUCACUAACAUUUCAAAAGGGGCGGCGGCAGUACUUUGUCACCUGUUGUUGAGGUACAGAGUCGGUCGUCGCGCCCUGCAGGAGAGCCCGAUGGAUGAAUGUAACAGAUACAUAUUUUGAUCUGUCUAUGGCAGCUUUUAUGUAUAUUUUCAAGAAAAUAUUUAUUUAAUGCUGUUAACAACUGUGUUUUUCCUUUGCUUCUUCCAGUGUAUUAUAUUGCAUAAUGUCUGAUCCGAUAAUGGCAGGAAAGUAGUUUGUUUUUCGAGUGGGCCUUGUUGCUUGCUGAAAGAUAUCUUUUUUUUUUUUUUUUCUUUUUUUUUUUAAACUGCAAGGCUGUUAUAUCUUUUUUGUAUAUAAUGAAAGCUACGUACCAGAUGAAUAUCAACAGUUAGAGUAAAAUUUGAGAAUGUGAAACUGACUCCUCUGACUGACUUGGCUGUGAAUUUGUAUAUCAUGAAAUUCUUUUGAGUAAAUAUAAAUCUUAACACUUUGUCUUUGGAAGAUGUUUAUAUAACUUACUUCAAACAGGCUCAUGGUGAUUUAUAUCUGUCAGGAAUGAGCAAUAAAUUUCCCUUCGACUCUACGGAUAUGGGUUUAUUACAAAUAGAAAUGGGGAUAGAGCUCUGAGAUUUGAGAAAUGUGUCAAUUUGAUGAAACCACCCUCAUGUACUGCUAAUUAUCAAAUAAAACAUACAUCACGCUGCAUUAA